GAGGACUGUUACAAAUUCGCUGUGUCUCAGUCGAGCACUGGGACGGUAAUGGGUGCCGUCAUCAUGGAGGGCUUCUAUGUGGUGUUCGACCGAGAGCACAAACGCAUCGGCUUUGCGGUCAGCACGUGUCACGUCCACGAUGAGUUCCGCACCGCUGCAGUGGAGGGGCCGUUCCAUGGCGUGGACCUUGAGGACUGUGGCUACAACGUCCCUCAGACCGACGAGUCCACAUUAAUGACCAUCGCCUACAUUAUGGCGGGCAUCUGUGCACUAUUUAUGCUGCCUCUGUGCCUCAUGGUCUGUCAGUGGCGCUUCACGCGCUGCCUUCAUCCGCUGGGCGCUGGAGAUUUCUCUGAUGACUUAUCCCUCCUAAAGUGAGCCAUAUCUAAACGCAGAAUGAUUUCAGUGCUUGUAAAACCGGCCGUCCUCGAGGGUCUCAAAGAAGGGGAAUUGAUGAUAUUGAUGAGACUUCAGUGAUUAUAACUAUAUAUGUUAUAAUAUUGCAUAUGCACACACACACACACA